AUCACGUUCUUCUGGAGGUCACUAGUUCUUAAUUGAUUUCAGCUGCGUCUCCCCCGCCUCUCCUCAUAAAGCGCCCCCACCGUGACGGUUGUUAAUCGUUUUUUUUUUGCGUUGGAUUGCGUGGGCUGAACAAUCCGGACAUCGUGGCCACCGACGUGGACCCCCCGCCACCGGGACCCACGCACACCGACCACCACACUGGGAAGUGUCCUCUGCUCACUGUGGAAGCAGCAUGGAAGAACUGCAGCAACUCUGUUGGAAACGAGGACCUCCACGCUGUUGAACACAAACUGUUCUAGGCCUACUACAAACCGAGGCGGUCCCACUCGGUUAAAGAUCUCGUGGUCAAUGCGGCAGACCGCUGGACCUGGACGUCACCUUCUGCAGAUACUUCACUGCCCUCAGGAAUCCACGGAUAACUUGAAAAAAGUCAGACUCCACAUGUCCGAAGAAUCCAGGAUGGAAACUUGUCGAAGGAAGAAAGGGGUCUGUUUUUGCUCAACCCAUAACCCCACUGAGCCCUUCUGUGGAAACCUGUCUGACUGACCCUACUGACUGGGGGCCUGUUGUGUGUUUGGUUGGUCUGGUAGAAGGUUUGCUGCUUGUGAUCUGCAAGGUGGUCCUUGGUUAGAUGCGGUGUCUGACUUGCACACCACUCUCCCAAUUCUAUUCUUCUCUUUACUACUUUCAAUACACUUGCUGCUGCUGCUGUUGACCGCUGGUGGUGCAAUGUGGUUUUUAUUCGCGUAUGUUCUGUGGACUUUGCAUUUGUAUUUUAAUGAACAUGUUUACUGCCUGUUAGACCUCUGAUUGGCAUACCUAAACUCCUUCACUGGCAAAAUGUAGAUGCAAAUUAAAUGCCAAAAUUAACAUUUCAAUAUUCGGUUUGCGUAUUUCACCAAUAGCUUCGGAACUAAAUGGACCUCGUAUAUAAUUUGCUCUUCAAAGAUGCGGUCAGGCGCCCCUCCGUUACGUUUUCUGCCCGGUACGAAAUAGACCGACCAAUAGCAUAGCAUCGACCCAUUUUAGAUCGCGCCCUUUAGACACGCCCCUUGGAAAUUGAACAACGCAGAGGAUCCAGAAGGAUUUCACAACGAGUCCAUUGGAAGAUAUCGAGGAACAUGAACAUCACCAAUGAAGGAGAGUAACGUUUCCACUUGCUAUAGGAAUUUAGUGAAGCACUAAAUAGUUAAUAAUAAUAAUGAUAAAAUGUGGUCACCAUUUAUUGACUUUUUGGGAGCGGAUUGUACUCCCAGAGGCUUCAACAGAGCGGGUCUGGAGCUGGGAGCUGCAGGUGGAUGGUGGCCAGGAGCCGUUCAGUCCUACAGACACAGACGGUAGAGGUGAUGGAGGCGGUCGUCUGGAGGUGCUCGUCUGGAGGUCCGUGGCGGUCGUCUGGAGGUGCUCGCCGUGAGGUCCAUGGCGGUCGUCUGGAGGCGCCUGCUGCAGGUGGAGGGAAGGCCGGGAGUCGUGCAGCCCAACGGAUGCAGAACGAAGGACUGAGGCGGAGGUCCUGGAGGCAGAGGCCAGCCUGGAGGUCCUGGAGGCGUCCAACCUGGAAGGGGCGGCAUGGAGGGCCAGGUGGCGGCUCCUCAUCCAGUAAAGUUAAACUCAUCUUCAGUGCAUCCAUGAUGAAAGGGGAGAAAUGUUCCAGUGUGCAACUGGAACUUGUGUCUCACAUUUCAGAAGGGCCUGGAGACGGCCAACCUGGAAGGCCUGGAGACGGCCGAGAUCCUGGAGGCAACGGCGGGCCUGGAGGUGGAGGCCAACCUGGAGGUCCUGGAGUCGGUGGGCCUGGAGGCGGUGGUGGGGACCAACCUGGAGGGCCUGGAGGCGGUGGUGGGGACCAACCUGGAGGGCCUGGAGGCGGUGGUUGGGACCAACCUGGAGGUCCCGGCGGCGGCGGCGGCUCCUCAUCCAAAGAAAUGAGGCGACGUUGCGGAGGUCCAGGCGGUUGGCCCGGUGGAGGUCCUGGAGGAGACGGUCCCGGCGGUGGAGGACGGCUGGGGGAUCCGGCGGUGGAGGUCCGAAGGCGGCUCGUGAUUAGACCAACCAGCUCCUCAUCCAUGGAAGCAGGAUUGAAGGAGUCACUUGGGAUGAAGAUCACUGCUCGGGGGCUGACGACCACUCAUCUUUCCGGAGAAGCGUCCUCAUGGUGCAGGCGGUCAAACCUCCACCUCUUUGAAGAGACCAAGCAGCUUGAUGACUGACUGGUUCUUUAUACUCAAGACCUCGUCCCGGAGCAGAGGACGGACCUAAGGCCCGCAGCGCAGCCGACUAGAGACUC